CGGCGCAGGCGCGCACUUCUGUUGUUAGGCAUCCAUGGAAACAGUUCUUACCUGUUGUAGGGGCAUUUACUGUAGUUUACGUUUGCAUUAAACAUUAUAGCUGCACACUUAUCAGUCUGUCUGACUUUACAACGAAUGUGAAAUGGCUCAUGUCCGGACCUAUAAUCCGCGCGUUCGUGUGGGAAACUGGAAAGAAGACGUGACUUUAGAAGAGGAAACCCUAAAGAACUUUCUUCUUCAAAAAGACAGAGGCGAACUCACAGUCCAGAAAGAAGGAGCUUUGAGACAAAACAUCCUGAAACCAGUGACCUUAUCAGUGUCACAGGAUGGCUUUCUUCACUUUGGAGACACAAUCAUGCUGGUGAACUCUGGAGAACGUGACCAGCGUGGCUCUUGUGUUCUUAGCAUCAUUGCCGACAGCAGUAAUAUCGCACCACAUUCACAGACAAAUUCAGUCCCCCGCCUUCUCGGGCCCCUCCAAGUAGGGGGAUCUCACAGCAUGACCCCUUGUGUUAGAAACGCCUUUAUUAUUACAAGUGUUGAUGGGACCUCAGACAGAGAGGUGCUCAGGUACGAUCAAAGCUUUGCCCUAAGAACUACCGCAGGCUUCGCCGGAGAGUUGUUCCUUGCCAGUGAUCACAGAACAUUUCUGAAGUGUGCUAAGAAGUCUCGACUACAGGAGUUGAGCUUAGUAGAGGAGUUUGAUUUUCUGUGCUGGUGGAAGGUCAUUUAUUUUGACCCCCAAGAAAGGCUUGAAAAUGAGGGAUACCCUGUUCAGGUGAACAGCAAGGUUUUGAUUUCCCAUUGUAAGACCAAUCAAUGUCUGGCUGCACUGGGCAAUCACAUCCUAUGGACUCCAUUUGGUAAAGAGUAUGAACUCACUGCUCACACCUUCUUGGACUCCCAUAAAGCUGAGCAGGACAAUAACCACUGGCUGUUUUUUACGGCUCAUCCUGCCAAUCAAAAUCAAAGCCUGAUGCAACUGCAACAAGAUACAGUCAUAACAGAUGAGCACGGAGAAAACCAAGAGGAUACACAAGUAAAAGAGUGCAGUUAAAAAGAACAGAGACAUGAAAGGAAAUAACAGAAUAAUAUCAAUAAAUAUUUUUGGAAAUA